ACGAAUCUAGGGUUUUCCAAUCUAGUGUUCUUUUCCGACCUCAGGUAAGUUCUUCGAAUGAGUAUUCAAUAGCUUCUCUCUUGGUCUUUUUUAUACGGAGUAUCUUUUUUCAGAUCUAGAGUUUUUCCCAUGAAGCGUUAUUAGCUUUUCAGAUCUACCAUUUUCGCUUUUCGGAUCUACAGUUUUCACACUAUGUAAGAUCUUGUGUUCAUGUUGAAUAUUGAAGAACAAAUUUUGGAUCUUCAAUGUUGCACUGUUGUUUCUGCCUCAGGAGUGUGCUAAAGCUACUGCAUUCGUUUUGCUUUCUUUUUUUAUUUUCAAUGAAGGAGUAUUUUUACAGAAUUUUUGUGUGUGUAAGAAUUGAAAUUUUGAGUGUGUUUCCUGUGUAGUAAUUUAGACAGUGUAUGUGACUUGAAUAAUGCUUGGUUUACAAACAAAAUAGUCACAAACUUCACAAACUUACUAAUUGUGAACUUCAAUAAAUAAAAUUAAAUAGUCUAAAAUAAUUUUAAAAUGAAAAGUUAAAUCAUAAAUACUAAGUUUGUGAAGUUUGUGAGUAUCUUGUUUGUGAAUGUAGCAUUGCUCAUGUGACUAAUUUGUUUGAUUAUUUCUGUGAUUUAUGUAUGUUGUGCAUAUGAGAUAGGGGUGAGGAUUGUAGACUCAUACAUUUCAUUUACUCUGUAAUAAAGUGAAGGGCAAUUUGGGAAGGUCAAUGCUAUUUUUUCCUUCUUAAAUUAUUGCCCAAAGUCAAAACGAGCAGUAUAAAACGAGACAGAGAGAGUACUUCUUGAUUGUAUAUAUAUGUAAUUGUUGGGCUUAAUUAUUAUUGUUAAUUGUAUUUUAGAAUUGUUGGGCAUAAUAAAAGGAGCAAUAUAAAACAAACAUUUUUUUAGUUUGGGCUUAAUUGUAAUUGCUGAUUGUAGUUAAUCCAUAUGCAUAUGAAAAUAUCAUAACUCUGACUCAAAGGUUCUUGUUUUUUUUGGUAUGUGGAAAUGUUAUAUUCAUUUGACCUUUUAACAUGAACUUACAAAAAAACGCAACACCAACAUGACAUUUAUUAAAUUAUCGAAUGAAAAAAAUUGUGAGAAAUGUGUUGUUGGUCAUGAAAUAUGUAUUCUCGUGAGUAGAUAUCUUUUAAGUUCUCCAAAGAUAGCAUGUUGAUACUCUAUAUCAACUUUUGGAAGGGGAAAUGUCUCUUAUUACUGAUGACAGUGAAGCCACAUAAAUUAUGUUAUAAAGUUGAGAUGUUGCAUUUCUUUCACAGAGAAUGUGUUAUAGAAACACUGGUGAUGAUGAGUACAUGCAAACUAAAUCUGGACUGUGUGCUCGGAAAAAAGGCUACUCUUAUGUUUAAGACUCGGAGGGUCACCCGAGCAGAGUGAGCAUGUGCUUAAGAGUCAACAACAAACUCAUAGAUGACUGGCUAGUCAUACAACUUCAAAGGGGCAAAUUAAUUGAUUGGAGACCUAAGGCCUUCUUGAGAAGACAGGGAGUUGAUAGUGUGGUGUCGCUUGGACGCAAAAGAAGGCGUUUUCCUAAAAGACGGUCUCUUGCUGAUACGAUGCAGAGUCGUCUUGGUGUGGAGAUAGUGCACAUAUGGCAAUGCUCUCUCCUUCAGCUUCAAUACCAUGAAGAAUAGUAGUCUGUAACUGAUGAGAAUGGCUAUGACUACUCCUAAAUCCCACCACUUCGAGUGCGCCACUGAUAAGCCAAGAACUCCUGUGAUGAUUACUUCUCCUGUGAGCUUCGAUUCCCCAGGGUUA